AUGUUGAACCCAAUUAGAGCUAGAUACGACUACAAGCCCAACGAGUACUCUCAAAUGCCAUAUUUCUUGGGUCACGUUCCUCAAUUCUCAUGGGUCUACGGUAACUUGGAUUACUCUUUCAACAAGUAUCACAGAUACUAUCAAGCUCAUGACGACUGGUACCCAGACAGAAAAGCCAAGACUCUUGGUCACAAGAAUGGUGGUUUCUGCGAGCCCAUUGGAAAACAGUCAAAAUACAUGACUCUUACUCCCAAUUUCAUUCCAAGAGGUUGUUAUAAAGAAAUUAGAAAGUAUCAACUUUGCUCAUCCAAAAAUGGUAAAGAAGCCUGCUUGAAUGAUAAGUUCAGCAUUAUGGAAGUCUGCCCAGAGCACGUUCUUGAGGGACUUAGAGAGAAGAAGAAGUGGCAUUUAAGAGCCGAGGUCAUUGAUAAUGAUACUUAUAAGAGAGCUAUGUCAGUUGGUGAUUACAAUAAGGGAAGAUCAGUCACUGAUCUUAAGCUUAAAACCUGGGAACAUGGAAAGGGUCUCAGAUCUGACUCCUACUGGCAAGACGAUAGAUACGAUCCAGUUAAGUAUCCACACAACCAUAGAUACGAUAACGUCAACUUCCCAGAGCAAGAAUACAGAGAUAUCUUCGGAGGUACUUUAGGAGCUUAUGAUACUAAAGAACAAUAGUACUAUCAACUUGACUUAAAUGGAAAGUCAAGAGCCUAAGAAGAACAUCUUAAAUAGCAAAGAGCAAAGAGCGUUGCUGCUCCAGCAUCAGCCCCUGCUGAAGGAGGUCAUCACUGA